UUUCCUAAAUCUGUUCCUUUCCUUGCCACCUCCGCCACCCUUACUCCCAGCGCUCUGUCAUCAACCAUGACCUCCCUCCAUCUUCACGGCACAAGCACAUACAUACUGAACCUCGGCAACGACCGACCAAAUGUCACAAUGGAGCUUCGGACUAUGCAUGGCAAUGUGUGGAACCCGGAGGACCUCUAUGAUAUUUGGCAGGAGGCACUGGGAGGAUGCAUUGAACGUCGUAUGGUGUUUGUCAAUGAGACAAAAACUGCCCAGAUCCUGUGCCGCAUCAUCUGCGAGGGCUUGCCUGAGUGCCAUAGAGGGGAAGUUGACUCGUAUUUUGCGCUCCGAGGCCCAAAGACCAAACUACACAUCAUGGAGCAGUUUAGGAAGGGGAAGGUGAAUGUCUUGUUCACUACAGAGGCUGCUGGAAUGGGUUGUGAUAUUCCUGAUGUGAAGAUAGUCAUACAGUUUGGAGCCCCGAAGACACUAGCUAUUUGGGUUCAACGUGCUGGCCGUGCUGGUCGAUCUCCACUUAUACAGGCACGAGCAAUUUUGCUCUUUGAA